GCAAGGAGCAGCGGGGAGGCAGCGGCAGCCCCGGGGGCAGGAGGGCUCCCCGAGCCCGGCCCGAGCCCGGCAGCCCCGUCCUGGCUCGCAGCCCGGGCGCUCCCUCGCCUCAGCCGCGGCUGCCUUGCGUAAGGGCCCGGGCCGAGCCCAUAAAGGCCCGGCCCGCGGGCCCGGUGCCAGCGGCACCAUGGCAGCUGCGAGGGACACGGCGCUGCUGGCCUGGAUCCUCUUCCUCGGGGGCACGGCGCUGCUGGCCGCAGAACAACCAGAAGCGGAGACCAAAUACGGGAGAGUGCGAGGGUACCAGUUCAGAGUGGACACAGCUGAGAGGACUGUGAAUGUCUUUCUGGCACUUCCUUUUGCUAAGCCUCCCCUUGGAUCACUGAGGUUUUCUGAGCCCCAGCCCCCGGAGCCAUGGCAAGGUGUCAGAGAUGCCACUUCCUACCCACCAAUGUGUCUACAGGACCACGUACAAGGACAGCAUUUUUCAGACAUAAUUACCAACAGAAAAGAGAAAGUUCCUCUGCAAGUGUCUGAGGAUUGCUUGUACCUAAAUGUGUACACACCUGUUUCUGCAGGAAAACAGGAGAAGCUGCCUGUUUUGGUAUGGAUUCAUGGAGGUGCAUUGGUUGUUGGAGCAGGUUCAUCAUAUGAUGGCUCAGCAUUAGCAGCCUUGGACAACGUGGUGGUUGUAGCAAUUCAGUACAGACUGGGUAUUGCUGGGUAUUUUAGCACUGGUGAUGAGCAUGCCCGAGGUAACUGGGGAUAUUUAGACCAAGUGGCGGCUCUUCGGUGGAUUCAGGAAAAUAUCCUGCAUUUUGGAGGAGAUCCAGGAUCUGUCACUAUCUUUGGAGGAUCUGCAGGAGGAAUCAGUGUUUCUGCUCUUGUCUUAUCUCCCCUGGCCAAGGGCUUGUUCCACAAGGCCAUUUCAGAGAGUGGCACUGCAGCCCUGGGCUUCUUCACUGACCAGCCUAAAGAGGAUGCACAAGUGGGUAUUGGUGGUAAUUUUAAUUCUUUUUUCCUGACAGUUCUGCAUAUCUUAAACUGUUCAAUCCAAAAUACUGAAACAUGGUUUCCUUCUUGGGAAACAAAACAGACCAUCAUUAAAGACAGUAAUUCUGUGUGCAAACAGUACAUGUGUAAUCAUGUGUUGCUUUUCAAACACCCAAAUAUCCACAAAGAGUGCAGAAUGAAAUGGAAAGGAAUAUGGAGAGAGGAGAAGAGUUGUGGCCUCACGUCUGAAGUUGUGGACAGAGUGUACAAGGAGUACAUGGGGGAUGCAGAAAGCCCUGCCCAGGUCCGAGAUGGCCUCCUGGAUGCAAUGGGAGAUGUCUACUUUGUCAUCUCAGCUGUGGAGGUGGCCAGACACCACAGAGAUGCUGGCAACCCAGUCUACUUUUAUGAGUUCCAACAUCGACCGAGUUCAGCGGAAGGUUUGGUACCAGAGUUUGUCAAAGCAGAUCAUGGAGCUGAGAUUGCCUUUGUCUUUGGAAAGCCAUUCUUAGCUGGAGGUGCUACAAAAGAAGAAAAUGAACUCAGCAGAACUGUUAUGAGAUACUGGACCAACUUUGCUAAAAAUGGGAAUCCCAACGGAGAGGGCUUGGUCCAUUGGCCUCAGUAUGGCCUGGAGGAAAAAUACCUGGGAAUAGACCUGGAGCAAAAGGCAGCAGAGAAACUGAAAGAACACAGAGUGGAGUUUUGGGCACAGCUCACGAAACAAAGUCAGACUGGAAGGAGAAAACACACAGAUUUAUAAGAUCCAUGAAGGGUACAGUUUGCUUUAAAACCCAAUGGAAAGUCAGAGAAAAUGAGUUUGUCAGCAUACAGAGUAAUAAUCACCUUCUAACUCACUGUUGUGUAAUCUGCUGUCCUAAUCACACUGGAGGGAGAGAAACAAGGGGCAUUUGGAAUGUUUGCCAGACUGAAAAUCACUAUUUAAUGAAGCAAGCAGAAAAAACCCCCACAAUCUUUCCAGGUCCAGACAGACCAUGGUUCCUACUCAGUGCAUAUCAAAAGUGAAUACUGAGGUGGGAAUGGGCAAAUGAACUGAAAUCGAUAGGAAAUGAUCAAUACAGAAUAUACCCUACGUGUCAGACUAUUUUAUAUGCUUCUGCCCUUCUUCUUGCAGAAGAGCAUGGUCAGUUGUCCCUCCUAGAGACUCUUUCUGCUUUCUUUAACUGGAAAUAGCUUGUAGGCAGCAGAGAAGAGCAUCCCUGACACUACACCUGUGAGGUGGGCUUGACCUCUCACAAAAGAGGACAGAAAAUCUCUACCUGUUUUAUUGCUUUGUUAUUGUUAUAAAUAAAUGUUGCUUUGAUUUUUUGGAA